CAAUACACCGAGGUCGCCAGAACUUAUCUGCCAGAUGACGACUCGCUUCCCGACACCAAGGAGCGUCCAGUCGCUAUAGUCGUUCGCGACAUGUUUAACUCCUUUAUUCCCGCAAACAUCGUGGCUGCCUUGGCGAACGACGAACUCCUUGCUGUCAUCAUUGUUGCCAUCAUUGUUGGAUAUCUCAUUGAGUCCCCUCAUUCACCCAUCAUUCGUGUCGCCGAAGAGAUUGAGCGCAUGAUCCUCAAAGUCAUCAACUUCCUCAUCGCAGCAGCUCCCAUUGGUGUCUUCUUCCUCAUUCUGCCCAACUUGAUGCGGCUCGACAUUGGCGAGAUCGGCUCAAACUUGGGUAUUCUCAUUGGCGCCACCUUGUCCACCAUGGUCCUCCACAUCUUGGUCGUUGUCCCCAUCAUCUUCUUCAUCUUCACCCGAAUGAACGCAUAUUCCUACUGGAUCAAGAUAUCCCCAGCUUGGAUCACGGCUUGGGGUUCUGCUUCCUCUGCUGCCACUCUUUCGGUCACCCUUCGAUGCGCCAAGGAGCGUGGUGUCCCCGCCAUCAUCUACAAGUUUGCUUGUCCCCUUGGUUGUCUGAUUAACAUGGAUGGUACCGCCAUCUACCUCCCUGCUGCGGUUGUUUUCCUGGCUUCCACCCAAGGCAUCACCCUGGACCCUACCUCAUAUGUCAUUGUUGCACUUCUGUCGACCUUGGCUUCGAUUGGUGUCUCCCCCAUCCCCUCGGCCUCGCUUGUCCUCCUGCUCAUGAUUGCCCGCUCGGUCAACGUUGAGAUCACUGGAAUGUACGCCGUAAUCGUAGCCAUCGACUGGCUCCUCGACCGCUUCCGUACAGCGAUCAACGUUUCUGGCGAUCUGUUUGCUGUCAUGAUCAUUUACAAGCAGACCGGAAUGGAGGAUCCCGAAGAGGUUAUCGAGGAGACCGCCCGGGAGACUGAUGCGCACGAAAAGGAUGCGACCAACCGGGUCUAGAUACAGACCAAAUAGGCUUGCUGAAUGAAGGAUGAACAAUUUAUAGCCGGCGUUGUUGCUUUUGAGA